UGAGUAAACCUUCGAUCGAAGAACGUCUGAAUGUUGGACCUCGACUUGAAACCGAGUCAAAAUGGCCUACAGAUCUUUACUUUGUGAAGGGAAGAUUGCACGUGAAUCAAGUUCACAACUUCAUAAAUGAAUUGGACACUGUAAUUUCUUGUAUGUGUCAUGGCAGAGCAGAAAGAAGAUAUUUUUGGUUUUGAAUCAUUACAAGAAUUUUCCCAGACAUGGCUAAAAAAUCUUGUUAUGUGCACCAAGGCAUCAAAUGAAAUGAUAAAAUCUCAUGAUGAUCAUGAAUUUUGGACUGGUUUUGAGCAGUAUCAAGACUUUUGUGCAAGUACAGGGACAAGUGUGCUAAAAAUGAUAGGAGAUAUUCUGCGUCACCAAGGAGUCCAAUGCAGAUGGUCCCAAUCAGUGUCUAAACAUUAUCCUCACAAUGAUAUUGAUGAUAGAUUUGAUAGCAUUGUUGAGGCUAAUGAUAUUCUUUUGGAAAGAAUUGACACCCAGCUUGAUGAAAUCAUCAACCCCAGCAAUUCAAAGAAGAUUCUACCAUCAGCAACAACACCAGUUAAUGUUUCUAUUGACUCCAGCUGGAAUAAGCGAUCUAACGAGAAAAAACUGAAGCAUGAUCGCUGGAGGAAGUUUAAUCUAAUAACAGCCCGGAAUAUUGAGCGACCGCAGCUAAAAUGGAAAAGGAAAGUUGACAACAGCAAUGCUCCCUUUGUCCCAAUUCUCAAACAGAAACCAAACGCAAUAAAGGAAUGGAGGCCGUCUCAAAGAUUUGAAGAAGAUGGUCGAGAGUCGAAGGUGAUGUCUACUGUUGAUGAUUUCAUUCACAGUCAGAGGCUUGGGGAGGAUUUUGACAUGUUUGAAGAUAGACAUCCAUACAGAUUUGAACUAGAGUCUUUUGAGCCUGUGCCAUGGCAGUUAGAAAAAGGAGCAAUAGAGCCCUACAAAGGUAUUGAAAAAACAUCGUUGACUGUUAUUGAUGACGUCGAAAAGCUAAAUGGUCUGCUUGAGAAAUUGAAAGCUGUAAAAGAAGUAGCAAUCGACUUGGAGCAUCAUUCGUACCGGUCUUUCAUGGGUUUCUGUUGCUUGAUGCAGAUUUCGACGCGGGAAGAAGACUUUAUUGUAGAUACUAUUGUUUUGAGGGAAGACCUCCAAGUUUUAAAUGAAGUUUUUACAAAUCCUGGCAUUUUAAAGGUUAUGCAUGGUGCAGAUCAAGACAUUGAAUGGCUUCAGCGUGACUUUGGUUUGUACAUAGUAAACAUGUUUGAUACUGGGCAGGCAGCUAGAAUCCUGCAACUGGCCCGUUUCUCCCUUGCCUUUCUUCUGAAAGAGUACUGUGAUAUUGCUGCCGAUAAACAAUACCAGCUUGCCGAUUGGAGAUUGAGGCCCUUACCAGAUGAGAUGGUAAAAUAUGCUCGUGAGGAUACACACUAUCUGCUGUACAUUUAUGAUAAACUGAGAGAUAUUCUCUUCGAAAAAGCAGAAGGGCAGUCAUCUUUAAUGAAAGCCGUGUAUCAGAUGAGCAAAAAAAUAUGCUUAAAGGUCUACGAGAAGCCCAUAUUCACUCCUGAUGCAUAUAUGGAUAUUUGCACCAAGUACAAAAAGAAACUCAACGACCAGCAACUAGAGUGUUUAAGACUUCUGGUUGCCUGGAGAGAUAGAACAGCAAGAGAAGAAGAUGAAAGUUAUGGGUACGUCAUACCCAAUCACAUGAUGCUGCGUAUUGCUGAGCAGUUGCCAAGGGAACCCGAAGGAGUCCUUGCAUGUUGCAAUCCUAUACCUCCACUGGUCAGACAGCGAGUAGCUGAGAUUUAUAAUCUGGUAAAAGAGGCACGAAUUUUCAACGCUAAAAAGCUUUCAGGAAGUUCUAACACAAAACCAUCGGAAGAUACAUCACAACCCAAGCGAAAGGAAAAAGAUGACUCGUUCGUUGAAACACUAGAAGGAAGUGACUACUACUCUUCUGCCCAAACUGGCUUCGAAAUUUACACUCCGAGUGGACCAUCCGUCAAGAAGUUAACCGUGGCCACCCUGUUUCAUGACGAACCCGAUAAAAAAGAGAAAACAGAUAAUGAAAGAAAGGCACGGUUUAUCUUAGAGUCAUUCAGAAGCCCGUUUGAGUUGUAUUUACCCAAGGAAAGGAAUUCCACAGAUCCAGCAGAGAUUAAUAAAAAAUGGAAACAAUCUACUGUCACAUUUUUGGAACAAAACAAAGAGGCAGAGACAGAGACAGCCGGUGCAGGGCCAAGUUCUGAAGACAAUGCCCCUAAAAGAAAAUCACAAGAAGAAUCUACCAACAGUUCACAGAAGACUCUAAGAGAUGAGCUUGUUAAGAAGCAGAAAAAGGGUGCCUUGUCGGAAGACCCAAACAGUGGAUCAGAGUCACCUGUUUUGUUCUCUUAUGAAAAAGCAGCAACUGGCCCUGCAUUUGUCCCAUUUGACUACUCAAAAGCAGGGAAAAUAAAGACAGAACCUGGCUCUUCAAAUGAUGUCACAAAGGAGCAGUUAGGGAAUAUUGUCGAAGCACCGUUAAAAAAGGGUGACGUCCGUGCCAAAAAAAGAUUUCAGAGAGGCGGAGGAAAGUCAAUGUCAUACAAAAGAUAGGAAAAGAUCACAGAGAUUUUUCUCUUUACAUAGAAUAUUAAAUGUAGAAAUGUACAGCUUUUACGUAUGUAUGAAAGCGUUGCUGUCUAGGUCAAACGUGUCGUUCUUUCAACAUUGCCUUGAAUUUGCUAAUAAAUGUCGCACUUGUACUCGCACGUCGAAAGCAGCCUUCUCAGCUAUUAUCACGGCAUGUCUAUUGCUGAUUUCGUCGUUUCCUCUUCGUUUUCUAAUAACGUUUGUAUUGAUGUUAAGCCCCGGUCAAACGAACUGAACAUUUGACCGGGGCUUUAUAUCUGCAAACGACACCUGCAUAUAAGAAUCUGUAGUUUUACAUGUCAGGCUGUUUAGAGUCGUAUAUCGAGCGGAAUUUGGUUUUUUUAGUGGUGCUUGUAUAUUUGCAGGGAUCAAGCAUUCUGUUCGUUAAGAACUUUGUUGAAAAUAACUGCGAUUUUACCAAAGCUCCAUGCAUGAUUGUGACUGAUAGAGUAUUUUCUGGCCUAUUGUGUAAU